GCACGCCACGAGGACGUGAGGGCGGGUGGGCCCGCGGCCGGUCGCGGGGCGGUGCCUGCCUAGGCGAGGGGCGAUGGCGGGUGAGGAGGCCGCGGCCGCCGCCGGCCCGAGCAGCGAGCAGCUUCUGGCCGACGGGAAAGAGCCCGCGAGCGGCGGCUACGACGGCAAGUGCGUGUUCUGCAGGAUCGCCCGCCGGGAGGAGCCGGGAACCGCGCUGCUGCCCUGCCAGUAUGAAGACCUUGUUUGCUUUAGAGAUAUCAGGCCUGGUGCCCCUCACCACUACCUGGUGGUGCCGGUAGAGCACAUGGGAAACUGCAAAACGCUGAAGUCAGAGCAUGUGCCCAUAGUGAAAAGAAUGAUGGAAGUUGGAAAAUCUGUUCUCCAGAAAAAUAAUUUUAGUGACUUGAAUGAUAUAAGAAUGGGUUUUCACUGGCCUCCAUUCUGCUCAAUAUCCCACUUGCAUCUGCAUGUCUUGGCCCCAGCAAGUCAGCUAGGAUUCUUAUCCAGACUGAUUUAUAGGAUCAACUCCUACUGGUUUAUUACAGCUGAGCAACUGAUUGAGCGACUGCAAACUGAAAAUGCUGCCAGCUGAGAGCACUCUUAGCCUUGUGUCGUUAGCCAUUUUAUUCUUUGUCUUUGAACUCUGAUUUAAGGUUGCACAGUUUGUUGCCAAUUACAUACCAGGAUAAAAAAGGCUUAAUUCCUUAUGAGGAAAUACUGAACAUAGAGCUGUCAACCUAAUUCUCACGUUUGGGUUCUUCAGAAGUCUGCAUAUUUCUCUGACAAUAAGGAAAUGCAUUUUAAUUACGAUUUUAUAUAUGCAUAUACAUAUGUGUACAUACAUAAUACAUACACGUAUGUAGGCAACUUUUCCCAGUAGAAUGUGGGGUAUAGCAGCAGAAUGCACUCUAAGGAAAGAGGUUUGUAUUAACAGCAUGCACAUGGUACUGAAGGUAAUAUUUGCUGUGGAAUCUAGCUUUUAUUUUAAAGAUGCAUCAUUCUGGAAUUGCAGGGAACAUUUAAAGUAUUUUCAGUUUCCGUCUGUUCUUGUAUGAUAUAUUACCUAUGCCUGGUUAGUAGUAGGUACCUGGUUAAAAGUACACUACUAACUUUUCUGGUGCUAAACCACUUUAAUAUAUUGCCCAUCUUACUUGCAUGGCAGUGACGUAGUAAAUGUUAAUACAGUAUGUGCCAGAGAUGUGAUAGUGCUAAAGCAUAGAGUGUUGUUUACUUGGAUGUGUAAGUGGUUGUAUGUUGGACCUGCGGAUUGUUCCCCUCUCAUGUGCACAAUAUUUUUAAUUAGUUUCUGUAUGUUUACAAAUAUGUGAAGAGUUCAGAAGAAUUGAUUUUAAAGCACUGCUCUUCUGCAUAGUGGUAGAAGAAAUUAAAAAAAAAAAAAAAAAAACACCCAGAUUUUGAGAUUAUUCUGAUAUUGUUCUCACUGGAAGUCACUUGGAGAUUGCUAAAUGCCUUGGCUAGAUUUGAUUUCUAAAUGAGGUCACAAAACAAAUGGGUCUUCAUUACAGUGAGUUCGUAGCAGGCUUGCAUAACAGCAGUCUGAUCUGAAUUUGGAAUAGCAGGGGCUCAGCCCAAAAGCAGAACAUGUAGGGAUUGUGUUCUGAAUUGCUUAUGGAAUCUGCUGAACACUUGCCCUCACUGCAUGACUCUUAAUCAGCAACUUUAGCUCUGUUUUUCACUACCAUGUUAAGGCAGACUGUUUGGAAAGUUUAACUCCAGUAGACAUGGAGUGGAUUUUCUUUGUUCACAAACUAUUAUCUCUUGGUGCCUAAUCAACCAAGUGCCCUUGGCUGUUGCACUGAGGUGUGGCUGAGGUGGUGAUGGUCUGCUGCACCUGCAAGGUUCCCUGAGUAUAAUCUUCUCAGUGUUUUCCACUGAUCCAGCACCUGUUGCCUUAGUGGACAGUGUAUUACAGUAGACUAUACAUCAUAAUUCAGAAGGUAGACACUCUUCUAAAUAAAUGUUUUCUACCCAGAAGAGUUAACAUUAGUCUUUUCUGAAGACCUCAUUCCCAAUGUCUUGUUAUUCUUAUUAUUGGGCACUCAUGUAAUUUGUAGUACUUUGUGUUUUUAAUUUGUAAUAUUAGCUGUGAAGAGCGUGAAUUAAAGCCACUGAACUUUGAUCAAUUCUGUGCAAUAGAUUUGGGAGGCUUGAGUGGUCUCCUAACUUCACAAAAUAUCUGAACAUUAAGAUUUUUGAAGAGUUAGUACUAUCUGUGUCCUGAUUUCUAAUUAAUCUAUGUAACUGUACUUAACUGUGAUAUGUAAUAUUUAAAGAACCAACAUGAACUGUUGUCCAAAAAGAUAAAUAAACUGAACAAAUGCUAAUCUUGGAAUGAUCCAACCAUACAGUGGUGCGAUCCCUCCUCACUCCUGCUCCCACCAGGAUGGGGAGAGAAUGGGUCAAGGUAACAACGGUUUAAUAAAUGAAGGAAAGAGGGUGGAAAAAGAACAAGAUUUGCAAUGUAAAGGCAAUAAUUACCUCCUGCAAGCAGUCCAGUAGAAAUGGUAAGCCUAACUGUAGCCUUGAAGAAACCUUCCUUCCAUUUUUAUUGCUGAGCAUAGUAUUGUACAGCAUGGGAUAACCGUGCUGGUUGCUUUGCGUUGGUUGUGCAGGUUGUCCCUCACGGCUUCUUGCCCACCCCAGGCCCAGUGGUUGGAGUGGCAGACUGGGAGAAGGAGAAGGCCUUCGUGCUGUGCAAGCACUGCUCAGCAACAGAAUCGUGCAAUCAUAUCAUAGAAUCACAGAAUGGCCUGAGUUAAAAAGGACCCCAAAGAUCAUCUAGUUUCAACCCUCCUGCAAUGGGCAGCAUCACCACCUUCUAGACCAGGCUGCCCAGAGCCACGUCCAGCUUGACCCUGAAUGCAUCCAGGGAUGGGGACAUUCACAAUCUCUCUGGGCAAUAGUCAGAAGAUUGCUGUGUUAACACUGUUUUAAUUGCAAACAGGAAAUGACACUGAGCUGCUACAAAGAAAAUUAAGUCCAUCCAAGCUAGACCCCAAUACACUGAAAUGUACACAGCAGUAAAUGUGAAGAUUGACUUCUAUGUUUUCUUUACAAGAAAGUAAAAAUGGAGAGGUAAAAAUCAGAAUAUAACCUAGCUUCCAAAACUUUUGCUGACAAUCGAGAUAGGAAUUUCAGAUUGUGCCUGCCACUAGGAAAUAAACCUCAAACAGGCUCAAACAAGAAGGUGCUGAAUAGAGUCACAUUCAUUACUGAGAUGAAUGCUUAGUGUCUCAUUAGUGUUUUCCAGCAUGGAACUGUGCUCCAUUUUCCUUCUGUAUUGACGAGCUUUGUUCUUGGAUUCAGCAGAUAUUUUUUAAUUGGGCUAAGAAAUAUUUUCUGAAAAGUCUAUUCUAAUGCUUUGAAUAUGUUUCAGAAUUGUUGGCUACCCUCUGGAAAAGGCAGCAAGCAGACCCUGUUCAUUAUGUCACCCUCUUCAACAACAGCAUUAUAGUGCCAUUUUAAAACAUCCCUAACCUUCUGUGGAGCAUUGCAGUGAGCAGAGAUGGCUAAAAAACCUUGUGGAAAGUGAAUUUACUCAGCAGUUUUAAUCUAAAGUGGGCAAGACUGAGAAGUAAAGGAAAGUUGCUUAGCCUCUAUCCUUGUUCUUUGUUCUAGCAUUAACAGUCCUGAGAAAAGCUGCUUUUUUGACUACAUAUUUAGGAAUGACAAAGCUUCCCUUGUACUCUUACGCUCAAUUGUUUUUCCUAAUGCAAGCCCAGAGAAUAAUACUUCUGUGCUAGAGAACUAAUAGCUUCCUUCUGAAAAGAUGAAGUAGACACACAUACAAUGCUGAUGCAUGUAGAAUUAAAAAUAAAUAAAUAAAUAGGUGUUUUCACAAAGGACAGCAUUUUCCACGUGAUUAGACUGGUAAUAGACCCUCUAGGUAUUCUGAGGUCUUCAUAAGCAUGAGUUGUAAGCAAAAGCAUGGAAAUGUAAGCAAACUGGUGAAGAUCGUAUUUGAAAUUUGGCAAAUGUAGAAGUAAAUCUGAAUGGUAAAACCUGCAUAAAAACUCUCUUGCUGUCAUUUCAACUGCUGUGCAAUAUUUAUUGGAGUGCUGAAAGUGCUUUCUUCGUUUGACAAGACAAAAUACAGAUAAUUCCUGUACAGUGUACAGUCCAAACCAGGUGCAGAACUCACAGACUUCAAAUCAAAGGAAAGACUGCAGAGGAAGUAGGUAAGGUUAUUAUAAGAAAAGUGAACUUUCAGGAGAGACUGGAAGAGCUGAAUGUUACACGGUAGGACAGAAAACCUUAUAAAAGUUCAAACUUUAGUAACUACUACAAACAAUUUGUAAUAUUUUAAAUGCACUAUCUUACAUUUUUAGUGAAUAUAUUAAAUUCUGUUCCACCAAAGAGGAUUUCUGUUGCUCUAAAGAGGCCCUGUUGCAUAAUAAAACUUCUAAAAACUAAAAAGCACCUGUAGAUGCUAAUUGAAACUGCAUUGCAGCUGAAGAAGCAGAAUUUUGUAAAACUUGUAAGCUAGUAGCUGGAUUCAGUCAUGUCCAUUAGAUAGGGUGUGUUCUUGUCUGUACUGGCUUUAAGAUUGAUUUUUUUAUUCUUGAGUGUAUUUGGUGGACACACUGAACAAUUGUGUUAUCUUUUAAAGACCGCUUUUGAAAUAUGGGUGAUUGCUGAAAGCAACUUAGAUUUGUUAAUCUGUGCACUGACCCAGUUCAGCAAAUUUUGGUGCCAUUGCAUGGGCACAUGAGACAGAAAGACUCGUCACCCUUCAGAGAUUGUUCACCUGAUAAUGGCAGACAGGAAAUCUGUCCCUACAGCUGUUUUCUUUUAAAAAUCCAACCCCCUGUGAACCUCCUAUGAAUUGUGCUUUUAAUAAUAACUCUUUAUUUUGUUCAAGAUAGGGCAAUCUUCUCACAGCCACACAGUUGACAAGACUGUUUCAUUUGAGCUUAACUCGGCUUCUGUUCUGAGCGGUACCCCUAAAGCUUUUGCAGAUGUGCUCAAGUGAUACGUGAGCUGACCCUAAGCAGCAGUACAGCUGAGGCCAUGUUACGGUCUGACACUACAUGCCUGGCAGUGGAAGCCUUGGUUCCUGUUGCUUAACUACUUGGGUCAGUCUUAAUUAAGAAUUAGUGAGUCUGCACAAGCUGGACUUGCACCCUGAGAGUGCUCAGGUUACACUGCCUCAACUGUGUGUCUUUUGAGAGUAAUAGAUUAUUUUCCCUGAUACUGCCAUCCUGUAGCUGGUGAUACUUGAGCUGCCCAACACUGCCUUCUCCAAGUUAUGAACAACCACUGGAGCACAAUCAACUGGAUUGGCAAACUAAGUCUGAAUUAAGUGUAGUCUGAAUUAAGCAGACCACACUUCACAGCUGUCUUAUUAAAAGUUUGAUUUACUUUGAUAUCAAAAUGCACUCCCAGGUUUCAUCAACUGGAAGUGGAAAUCCACUAACUCAUGCUCCUGUCGUUUGGCUAGAAAUGCUUUUCCCAGAAAAACCAAAGCAUUUUAAAUGUGUAGCGAUGAUAAGUUACAGAAGUCUUCUUUUAAGCUAUAAAUUAUUUUAGAAAGGAGUUGUUUUGAGAGCUAAUGGGACACAAACCAGUGGUAUCUGGUGCAGCAUGUAUUCUCCAGUUUCCAACAUGUUGAAAUGAUGUGGUGAUUAAAGCCCAUCUUUUGUUUCCCCUCCAUGCAGUACCUGCAUCUGGCUCUCCUGUUCUCCAAAUGGACUUACUUCACCACAUUCAUCUCUGUUUUUUUCCAUUUUUCUAGUCUUUUCACUAUGAAAAGACUAGAUAGAGGGAUAACAAAAAUUGUAUUUUUACUUGCUCAGUCAAAAAGUUUAUUUUCAUGCAAAACCCCAAUAGACAAAAAAGUCAAAAGUCAUUAUUAUGCUUUCUGAAAAAAAAAUCUUUUAUGUAAAUAGCAUUAAAUAAUCACUUUUAUCAAGUGCAUAAUUUAUAAUAAAUCUCAGUAUC